AUGAAUUGGUGCAGAAGGUAGAGUUAUGGUGAAUGUAGACUCAAGAAACUGUGUGUUGUGCUGAUCCAGUGGUCAUAUGCAAGACUGCACAUUCUCUUUCCCCUUGCUGUGUUGCUGUUUGCUUCAGUACAUGAAAAAGCGUACCUGAUACAAUGCAUACAAAGAAAUUGUGUGGUUCAAAUGUAGGACAGCAGAAAACUAGGUUUUACUGAAGAUACAGCAUUUCCAAGUUCAUGUAGGGAAAUGUUGAAAAACCACCUGUGACUGAGGGAAAAAUACUAAGUUAUUAAUCAGUUCUGAAAAGAAAAAAAUCUAUUAAGAAUCCCACCUAAAUUACCAUGUUAGAAAGUGAAGGAAUAGAGAGAUGAGUUGGUUCAUGUGCCUUAGAAUUGGCAAAUGCUGUAAGGGAAUAUCCAGAAAGGAAUUAAAAAUUGGUAAGGCAUCAGCUGUAUUCACCCCAUCCAGCGAGAUGUGGCUGUUGAAGAGCUGCAGCUUAAAGGUCAGACUCAGAUCCUGAACUUUCAAGUUCUGCCCAACCAUGUGACUAUGAUACAAAUAUGAUGGAGCUAUAAGUAGGCAUGUCCAUGUCUGCCAUGCUUUGGGAGGAAGACCAAAGUAUUAAAUAGAAUUACAUAUUCUGGCUUUUUUUUUUUACAUAAUCAAAGUACAACUCUGACACUGACCAGAAAAGAAUAGGAAAGUAUCUGAGACUUGGGAUGAAAAGGAAGCUGUGCUUACAUUAGGAAGAAGCAAAGGAGUGGAACAAUCUUGCAGUUUGUUCAAGUCUGAGUCCCUCCAAUCAACAGGAGUGACAGUGCAUAGGGCUGAGAGCCUUCAAGAACUGGGGGGAUGAUCUGUUACUGCACCCCUGCUCUGCAGAGAGGGAUGGCACUUCUCCUCAUUCCUUUGUAUUUCCAUGAUUUUAGCCCUGGUGUUGCAUUCCUCUCCAAGGCCUAACUACUUGACUCUUGCCAGUUCUCAAUGUGCUCCUGAGCUUUCUGACCCUUGAGCAAGCUCUCACUUGUGGAAGACACUUUUCACUCUUUCCACCUAGUCCUCAGCUCAUCUUAAUGUGCAGGUUUAUGGUUUUCUAGAAGGUUUCUGGCACUUUGGUUUGAUCAGCUUAAAAUUUAGUUUAUACUGAUACAGGUGUGAUGUGGGCUUUGGCACUGCAGUCCCUGGAUCCAGGAUAAAUUGUUAGAGCAUACUGGAUACUAGGCCAACCCAACUCUGACCUGUGUUGUGUGUUACACUGGUACAGAGGCUAUUUCAAGGCAUAUUAAGCUACCAGAUCAAAGAUGCAGAAGGAGAAGAUGUGCUGGAGCAAACACAGUGUUCUCUCAAACCUUUAGCUACUUGUCCCCAGGGACCUGUCCCAGCCUCAGGAGUGUGUGGAGGAGGGUGCUGAGUGGUCAGGUUGUCCCACAGUCUGAAGAAUGGAUUUCUCCUUGCUCCUUAUUUCAUAAAUUGCAGUCUGCCUGAGGACCUGGACUGUCUAGCUUGGGUGCUGUCGACUGCAUGUCGUGAUGAAUGACAAUUAAGCACAGCACUGCCGGCGGUCAAGGGAGGGAAUUGUCCUGCUCUGCUCCACACAUGUGUGGCCUCUCCUUGAAUACUGUGAGCAGUUUUGGGCAGCACCAUAGAGAAAAGAGAUUAAACCAUUGGAGGGUAUCCAAAGGAAUGCCACAAGGAUGGUGAAGGAAAGGAGGGGAGACUGCAUGAGGAAUGGCUGAGGUCUCUUUGGUCUGCUCAGCCUGGAGGAGACUGAGGGGAGACCUCAUUGCAGUUGCAGUGCAAUGUUAGGAGUGUAAAAUUAGGAGUGCAGCCUAAGGGUGUGAUGGUGUUUGUUUCUGGGGGGGUGAAGCAUCUUAGCCAUGUGUAGGCCUGAAAGGAAGGGCCUGAAAGGAAAGCAUGCAGCUUCAGAGCCCAGCUGCACUGGGCAUCUUUGGACACCUUACAAGAUGUUGGUGCAGAUUCUGGUACAAGAUGUCAGUACAAGAUUCCACUGCAGAUGUGGAAUUACAGUUUUCUAGUUUAGAUAUCUCUGUGGAAGAAUGAAUAUUUUGCAUCAGUUUAGGUCCUUGGCAUCUCAAGGAGUUGACCUGUAGUCUUUUCUGACAAGUAUCAUUACCAAGUAUUUUUCAUUUCUGUCACCAAAUGGGCAGGAGUUCAUUUCAUCAGGUAGUAUCACUUCUCUUGAGAAGUGACUUGUCUUUCCAGUCUUCUCUUCAGGCUUUAAUGACCUUAUGCAGAUCACCUCCCGCCUGCCCAGCUUCUUCUCCCCACAGCAGUGCUCUCAGCACUGCCAAGCACUGGCUUGCUCUCCCCUUUGUUGUCUCCUAAAGGAUGACUGGAGCAGAGGGCUUGAUUCUUGCUUGCCACCUCUUUCUGUCUUGCUGCAUCUGCUUUCCCUGCUCUUUCUCAAGUGUUCUUGGUCACAGCUGAGCAAACCCUGCCAGGGGACAUGUCAUGCCGACACCUGGACCUCUUCAUUGGCAGAUUAGACUGUAUGACAGCUCACAGCUCAUUGCAGCUUGUAGGCACUUUCUGCUGUAAAUCAUUCUGUCUGUCACACCAAUACAGCUUGCACAGCACCCGUGCUGGAUGCUGUGGAGCUUGCAUUAGCCUCUCUGCCCUUAAAUAGCCUCUAUGCCUGUUUUUCCUUCUCUUCUGCUGCUUAUCUCUGGUUCCUUCGCAUUAAAAAAUAUAUUAAAUAAUCUCUUGGGUAAAAAGAUGUGCCAGCGCCAAGAAAUCCUUAACUUCUGUUUGUCAUGAUUAAUCCUGUUCAGCCUGCUCCCACUGACUCUACCUGAGCAGGGCAGCUGGAGCAGGCAAUCUCCAGAGAUCCCUCCCAGCCUCAACUGUUCUGUGAUUCUGUGAUCCAGCAGUUCUAUCUCACAUGCUGCUUUACUCAAGUUUUCAGCCUGGUACUGACAUAGAUUUGUCACCCCAGGAUGAGCAGCUGUGGCAGCUGGCUUGGCUAGGUGUGUGUGCAUGUGUCUGCACGACUCUACUGCCUGGGCCAAAAGUCUGUACCACCCUUAUCAGCAGAUGAGGGUGGAUGCUUUGAAAAGAGCAGGGCAACUGCAUGUUAUCCCUCACUUAAUGUUCCUCCUUUCUCUGACACUUGGUGCUGUGAGAGCCUCCAUGAGUUCCCCUUAAUGUUUGUUGAAUCCUGCCUUGUGACUGGCUGUUGUGGUUGCAAGAAGCUACACAGUGAGAUUUUGGGUCCACUCCUUCAGUCUGUUUCUCUUUUGACAUUGCUGGUCUUUAUUCCUGCUGUGUUGGUGCCUCCUGCACAAGGGCAGAAUGGGGUGGAUACCUGGAGGCUCCUACAGUGUGCUGGGACUUCUCUGGAUGGGCAGAGCAAGGAGAGUGCACACAUGCUGGGACAUGUGGUUGAGUUGAAGAAGAGUGGCAAAUGGCUGCUGUGUGGACAGAGGUUGACUCUAAAUGUUGUAAAAUAGGUAACUUGUGAGUGUCCCAGGCCAGUGACACAGCAGGGGUGUACCUGCAUUGCAGCCAACAUCCAUCUGCUCCCAUGGCUUUUGGACUAACGUAACAGCUCCAGCUCGAUGGACUUCCUAUUUUAGGUUUAAUUUUAUUACCUCUUUGCUGCUUGUUCUUUGUACUUAUUAGGAACUCCCUUUCUCCUUCCUAUAAGUGACUUGCUGAAGGUUGCCCUGAUCCUAUUUUCACUUUUUUCUUUCAUGAUAGAAGAAGACUUUUGAACCUUUUUGAACCUUCCACUAUUUCCCUUCCCCUCCAGUCUUUGUUUCCUCGUGUCUGUGCUAAGAAAUGUUUGUGGCGUUGUUUUUUUUUCUUGUAGUUUAAUCCAUGGUCUUUGUGUGCUGUGUCCCAGCCCUGACCAGUGGCUGAGCUUGUCCAGAAGAAAUCCAGCCUAGGCAUAUUAUGGUCCUCUUUGUGCCAUUUUCUUUUUGUACUGAUAAUCCACACAAUAAUUAAUCAAAACUCAAUUGAAAGCAAACCUUAAUCUGCUGAAGACACUCCAGAAGAACGUGUCCAUGGGAUCACAUCACUGUCAUUUGCAAGCAGCUCCUGUUCUUCUGGUGCUUUGCCUCUCAGGUCUCUUCCCUUCCUGAUCUACAUCCCAGUAGCCUAUUCUUCCUGUCAGGAUUCAUGUUUCUAUCGUAUAUAUUUUGCUUAUUCUUUGCCUUUGCUCUUCCUAAGGGAGAAUGUCUGCCUUCCUUGAUUCAUAGCCCUGUAGGUGAUGGGACUGUAGCAUGAGUCUGUCAUAAGCUGUGUCAUGAGGCCCUGUAGCUGGGUUGUAAUGGGAUCUCUGUCCCCCUCCAGCCUAGGAAGCUGUUUCCCCUGCUAUGAUGCCAGGGCAGAUCCCCGACCCGUCGCUGACGGCUGGCGCGCUGCCUGGGCUCGGCCCCUUGACAGGACUGCCUGGCACAGCCCUGACCGCCGAGGAGCUGAAGUGCGCUGACAUCCGCAACAUCGGGGCCAUGAUCUCACCACUCCAGUUCCUGGAGGUGAAGCUUGGGAAGAGACCCCAGCCUGUCAAAAGUGAGCUGGAUGAGGAAGAAGAGAGGAGGAAAAGGCGCCGGGAGAAAAACAAAGUAGCAGCAGCACGAUGUCGGAACAAGAAGAAGGAGAGAACAGAGUUCCUGCAGCGGGAGUCUGAGCGUCUAGAGCUCAUGAAUGCUGAGCUGAAGGCCCAGAUAGAAGAGCUGAAACAGGAGAGGCAGCAGCUCAUCCUGAUGCUGAACCGGCACCGUCCCACCUGCAUCGUGCGGACAGACAGCAUCAAGACGCCUGAAAGCGAAGCCAACCCACUGCUGGAGCAGCUGGAGAAGAAGUGAAGGUGGCACAGGGCCAGGAGGAAGAGACAGUGGCAACAGGGUCUUCCAGGGUCUCUAAUGUAUGUACUGUAUGAAGAACUGUGCACCCAGGCCUGGUGCAUCCAGGACCCAAUGGGCUUCCUUGGGAACUAUGGACUAAACAUGGGAACAGAGAAGAUCAGGAGCCUGCCAACCAUGUAUUCUGAGGCUGAACCUGGGACCAGGGCUGGUGGUACCAGUGAGGGCAACCUCCCUGUGAUACUCAUCACAGCCCUUCACCCUGCUCUCAGCCCUGGGACCCACAAAGCCCCUGUGUGUCCUGCAAGGGGCACGCAGCCCAUGGGUAGCAGGGGCUGCAGGCUGAGGAGUGGCAGCUGUGCAGUGCCCACCAGCACCCUGCCCAGAGGCUGCCGCUGCUCCUGGCACACGCUCCGGAGGGAAACCCAAACCCAAGAACCACAAACACUUGAUGCAGCCCCAUCUGGUGGGCAGGCCUGUCGGGGCUCGGUGGCGCAGGCGCCCCCCACAAGCACACUCAGUAUAAUGUUUACAGCCCAGCUGUCCGUGUCGGCCGUGCUUUUGAAUGCACAUUUUUACACUUUUUUAAAGUAUUUUUUACAAAGUUUUUAUACAGUGAUCUCUAUAUGGAUUUAUAUAAUCACUAGAUGUGAUCCCAUAGAAAUGUAUGUUAUAAUGGUCUGUUUGUUACAAACACAUACGCCACAGUUAUCUCCAUUGUGUUACUUGUCUGGUAGCAUCCAGCUCCUUUCCUGGCACGCUGGGAAAGGGGUCCAAGCUGCCCUCUGCAGUGAUGUCGCUACCCUCUCCAUCCAUGUAUGUCCUUCAUAAUACUCAGUUCUGUAUCUCUCAGUAAAUGUUACCUUUGUGUAUGCUGUCCUCCUGUAGCUCUCUUUGGCUCAGCAGCACUGUGGCAGCAUCUGCAGGGCUGAACAGGCCAGGUGUGUUCCUGGCUGAGUGGCACAGUGGAGCAGAUCCCAGAGCUGGUUUUGGUGGUUGUGUCUGCAGCUGUGGGCAAGGAGAAUUCACCCUAGGAAGCUGGGAACCUUGGAGGCAGCUCUGACUGCAAGCAAGAAGAAGCUCAAUGCUGCACCAAAGAGGAUAGGCAGGCAUAGCUUGCCACUUGGAAAGGCAGAGGGAGACCAUGUCAUCCUUAACUGGUCCUUUGUGUUUCAGUCCCAAAUACAGCAGUUUGAACUCAUUUCGGGGAUGAGAAAGAGAUAAGGGGGCUAUCACAAUGUCCUUGUCGUGGUGAUCCCUUUAUGUGCCUUUGUGCUUCCUUCUGCCCAGACUGGGGAGUUCAUGGCUCAGAUCUGACCCAUUCCUCCGCUGCUGUCAAGAGAAACAUUCAUUCUUUGAAAAACGUGAUACCUCUGCCUUUCAUCAAACUCUGCUGAAAAGUUGCACAGUAUGUCCUGGGCCUCCUUAUAUUUUCUCUUUAUUUCCUUCUGCAAAGUGUAUGUGGUAAUAAAUUCCCUCUUUGGUGGUC